AUGGCUGUCAAAUCCUUCGAAGUCACAGAUCCUGUUUUAUCGAGUUUGAAAGGUUUUGCCCUUGCCAACCCUUCUAUUACCCUCGUUCCUGAGGAAAAGGUUCUAUUCAUAGAAACUGCAAAGGAGAAAAUUGCUAUUAUAUCAGGUGGUGGAACUGGUCAUGAACCAUCUCAUGCUGGUUUCAUUGGUAAAGGUAUGUUAAGUGGUGCAGUAUGUGGUGAUAUUUUUGCCUCUCCUUCUACGAAACAGAUCCUUAAUGCCAUUAGAUUAGUCAAUAGUCAAUCUAGUGGGGUGUUAUUAUUGGUGAAAAACUAUACUGGUGAUGUUCUUCAUUUCGGUCUAUCUGCAGAAAGGGCUAGAGCUUUAGGUAUUAACUGUCAUGUUGUUGUCAUUGGUGAUGAUGUUGCAGUUGGUAGAGCCAAAGGAGGCAUGGUUGGAAGAAGAGCGUUGGCUGGUACAGUCUUAGUUCAUAAGAUCACUGGUGCUUUUGCUGAAUCCUAUUCCGCUAAAUAUGGUUUAGAAGGUACCGCUAAAGCUGCCCAAAUUGUCAUUGAUAGUCUCGUUACCAUUGGUUCUUCUUUGGACCAUUGUAAGGUUCCAGGUAGAAAAUUCGAAACUAAUCUACAAGCUAAUCAAAUGGAAGUUGGUAUGGGUAUACAUAACGAGCCUGGUGUUCAAACCCUUGAACCAAUUCCAUCUACUGAGGAUUUGAUCUCCAAGCAUAUGCUACCAAAAUUACUAGAUCCAACCGAUAAGGACAGGGCAUUCGUAGAUUUUAACACAGGUGAUGAGGUUACGUUGUUGAUUAACAACCUAGGUGGUGUUUCGAACUUUAUUAUUUCAGCAAUUGCUGAAACGACUACAAGGUUCCUGAAGCAACAAUACAAUAUUACUCCAAAGAAAGUUAUGACUGGUACCCUGAUGACUGCCUUUAAUGGUAAUGGUUUUAGUAUAACCUUAUUAAAUUCAACUAAAGCAUCAAAUGAACUUAAUGCUGCCUUCCCAGAAAUUAAAUCUGUCUUUGAACUUCUUGAAGCUUACACAGACGCUCCUGGGUGGUCUCCUGGUUUCUUUGAGGCCAAAUCUGCACCAUCUAUUGACUCAAGUGUAUUACAUACAGAUGUUAAAGUUACAGAAGUAGGAAGUUAUGAUUACUCUGCAUUUUCUAAAUGGAUGAAGGCAGGUGCUCAAAAUGUAAUUAAAGCUGAACCACAUAUUACCGAAUUGGAUACUUUAGUCGGUGAUGGUGAUUGUGGUUAUACUUUAGUUUCAGGAGUCAACGGUAUUACUGAAAACCUUGAAAAUAUAUCAAAAACUUCUCUUUCUGAAGCAAUGGCACAAGUGUCUGAUAUUAUUGAGGGAUCUAUGGGUGGUACUUCUGGUGGUCUGUAUAGUAUUCUAAUCUCAGGCCUAUCACAUGGUAUCAUUCAAACAUGCAAGAAUAAGGACGAACCUGUCACUAAAGAAAAUCUUGCUAAGUCUUUCGAAAUUGCAUUGGAAACAUUGUACAAAUAUACUGGAGCAAGAAUUGGAUCAUCUACUUUAAUUGAUGCCUUAGAACCAUUUGUGGUCGAAUUCUCCAAAUCAAAAGAUUUCAAGAAGGCUGUUUCCGCUGCUAAUGUUGGUGCAAAAUCUACUGCAACAUUUGAGGCUAAAUUUGGUAGAGCUUCGUAUGUUUCAGACUCUGCUAGCGUUGAAGAUCCAGGUGCAGUCGGUUUUGUCGAAUUUUUGAAGGGGGUCGAAUCAGCUUUAUAA